GCCCUCCAACUCUGAUCAGUGAUUCGCUCAUAAUCUCGGGAAGUCGAAAAAGCGAAAAGCACACGAUGAAACUAGUCCACCAGGAAAUGGCCAAUGGCAACGGGAUCAAGAGCAUGGCCCUGCAUGUCGAUGAAAGCUACACCAGGCUCCAAGACUACGCCAAGCAAACAAAUGCCCCGGAAAGUGAUCUUUCUCCAGAAUGGCUCAAGGCUGCAUUCUGGGACGCCUUGAUGAAGAAGGAAGAUUCUUGCUUUAAAAAGCUAUCCAAGCUUGGUCCCACCAUGACCCACGUCUUUGUGCAAGUCAUUGAGGAGCUUAUCGCCUACCACAAGGCUGCUGGAAAGUUUGGAUGGCUGGAGGAGCAACAGUAUGCUGUCAACCACUUGAAGGCGAUUGUCAAACGACUGGUGGGGCACUUUCUCGACAAGGCGCGUGACCUGGAGGGUGGCUACUCGUCUUGGGGCAAGGACUUGCUAGCCUCCCAGGAUGGCUUCUCGUUGGGUUGCACUCCUGUUACGGCACCAGCCACGGGCUCUCCAUCCCACCAGAUGUCUACACGUGAAGUGCUUGUGGCAUUUUACAAGAAACACAACCCAAGUCAGCUAAGCAAAGUUGAUAGGAUCUUGUCCGCAUACCAGGACAAAGAAAAGGCGCUCUUUCAAAAUUUGGAACGCAAGUACAAUGUGGAUAUUGCUUGUAUUCUGGACCAUGCUGACAGCAGCGGCGGGUCGCUUGGUGGUGUCGGAACAAUGCGAGUGCCCUAUCAACCCACGCCCGAACAGGUUGGUAUAACCACGGAAGCCAUUCAAUCAAUCUCCGCCAUGGCGGCAUAUGAAAACAAGUCAGCGGAAGAGCUCAGAGUUCUGGAUUAUGCCAUGGGAAACCUGGGAUGUGCAAGUGCAAGUUCUGCAGCUGUAUCGGUCACUUGUGGAAAGGGACCCUGGCAGUCGUUGUCGCCUUAUGAUUGGAUCCAAAUUUGGCAGUCUUUCCUUCUUCUGGCGUAUGACAAGCACUUUUGUAUGUCGUUUGCAGUGGAAAAGCUUGUGAUGGAACAAGAGCGUCACUCGGCCCAAUUGGCUUGGCAAGAGUUGGCAGGAGCGAAAGUCAUGAUUCAUGGCCAUAGCAGCACAGCCCUGGACUGCAGCGAUGCCGUCAAGCUUGCCUUUUGCAGCCAAAAAGGCUGUCUUGUUCCCGUGCAUCCUCAGCACUACGCCAAGAUGUCCCACCUUGCCCUUGUGGGCUCGUUGGAGAAUCCUACACACAUUGGCCAUUCAGUUUUCAAGGCUUGCGAGUUUCUAGGUAGCCUAUAGAGCGAACGAUGGCAACAAAUCCUGCUGAUGUCGACGGUAACGUUGAAGAGACUUC